AUGAGACUACUCAAUGCUCAUUCGCUCAAGCUGGAGCUCUUCCACGAUUCAGAUGUCCAGAAUAUUCAGUACGCCACGCUGUCACAUACGUGGGGGGAAGACGAGGUUAGCUUUGACAACAUGGAAGAUCCUGCGGCUGCGGAAAAGAAGUUGGGAUUCGCCAAGAUACGUUCAGCCUGCGAAACGACUGUCUCCUAUGGCCUGGACUACGUCUGGGUGGACACAUGCUGUAUAGACAAAUCAUCGAGUGCAGAGCUCUCCGAGGCUAUCAACUCCAUGUUUCGCUGGUAUAAGGACUCUGCUUUCUGCUUCGCAUAUCUUUCUGAUUUACCACCAAGCCAGACUGUUGACCAGUCUGCUCUUGAGGAGUGCAGAUGGUUCACUAGAGGGUGGACUUUGCAGGAGCUCAUCGCUCCCAAGGACUUGGUCUUUUUUGACCAAACCUGGAAUCGCAUCGGAACUAAAACUGGCCUCAAAUUCGAAGUUGAGAAUAUCACCGACAUUAACCACCAGAUACUGGAUGGAUCCCGCCCUCUUUCAUCCGUCGCGAUUGCGAAACGGAUGUCUUGGGCCUCCCAUCGGAAGACCACCCGUGUUGAAGACGAGGCCUAUUCUCUCCUGGGAAUUUUCGAUAUUAACAUGCCGAUGAUAUAUGGCGAGGGGCCCAGAGCCUUCACUCGGCUGCAAGAAGAAAUUCUGCGCACGACGACUGAUUUGUCCAUAUUCGCGUGGCGUGCCUUCGACAAUUUAAAUAGUUACCGAGGUAUAUUUGCAGAAUCUCCCAUCGAGUUUAUGCUCUGCGACACCAUCGAGCUCAGCCAAGAUCAAUUUCAAUUCCGUGACGAAAUUAGUCUUACAAAUAGAGGCAUCAAGAUCCACACAGCAGUAACUCGUAUAGGCCCUAACAUAUUCAUGCUGGAUCUACAUUGUUACGAUUUGAUGUCAGAAACAUCCUCGGAAAAUUUGAGUAUUUAUUUGGCGAGAGACUUGGGUACAUUUUAUAGACUGUUCCCUUGGCUUCUUUUCACAGGGCUACCGGUUGCGGCUGACGCCCCUGAGACGAUAUAUCUUGCCCGGACCAUGACUGACAAGAUCUUGAAAUCUCUCUCAGAAUCUAGGGAGUUACGGAUCAAUUUUAGUCUGGAUGAUGCCUUGGCGGGGCAUUGCACCGUCGAGAACAUACUGGCUGUUCCGGAAUUAUAUUGGGACCAGCGUCGACAAUGUUUUUCUCUUCCAGGAUUGUCUAAUCUCCUAGGCUUUGUACGUUUCUGUAUCGCUCCCGACGACACAGCACCAACGUCUGUGCUCCUGGUUUUCAAUCUGGCUUCUCAUCUUGAGUUACGUCUGGCUUUGUGCGAAGAAAAUCAGUUCCAAAGUGGUUGUGGGGAUAGGCAUUGGCAAAAAGCUAUCAACCCCUUUACUAACAUUGAGGACUACGGCAUUCUCGGGGAUCGCUUUAGUCUUAACGCUAUAUGUCCCGGAGAGAGGGAAGUUGGGAGCAGAUCGGCAACGAUUUCGUUACGCGACUUCCGUCUUCGGGCUGAUCUAGACGAGUCGAAUGCCCCGCACUUGAAAAUCAAUGUUCAUAUUGAGGUGCUUGGGACUCCUUGUGUUGACGCAACUGGUUGA